AUGGCGCGGCGGCGGCCGCCGGCCGCCAACAGCCGCUACCGGGAGCGCGGCUUCUGGGACGCGCGGUACCGCGAGGCGGGCGCCGAGCCCCGCGAGUGGCUCGGGGGCCUGUCCCGCUUCCGCCGGCACCUGGAGCCGGAGCUGCGCCCCGGUGACCGGAUCCUCGUGCUCGGCUGCGGGAACAGCGCCCUGAGCCACGACCUCUACGAGCUGGGCUACACGGACAUCACGAGCAUCGACUUCUCGCCGGUGUGCAUCGAGGCCAUGAGAGCCCGCUACGCCCACUGCCCCGGCCUGCGCUGGGCCGUGAUGGACAUCCGCGCCCUGCAGUUCCCCGACGCCUCCUUCGACGUGGUGCUGGAGAAGGGCACCCUGGACGUGCUCAUGGUGGAGGAGAGGGACCCCUGGCACGUGUCACCCCAGGCCACGGCGGCGCUGCACCGGGUGCUGGCGGAGGUGAGCCGCGUCCUGCGCCCGGGCGGCCGCUUCGUCUCCAUCACCUUUGCCCAGCCCCAUUUCCGGAAGCGCCACUACGCCCAGGAGGCCUUCGGCUGGUCGCUGCGCCACGCCGCCUACGGCGACGCCUUCCACUACUUCCUCUACGUCAUGCGCAAGGGCCAGCGCUUGGCUUCACCCGACGCGGCCCUGGGGCGCGAGCUGCACCGGCCCCCGGCGCCCGCGGCCCCCGCGGCCCCCGCGCCGCCGCCGCCCGAGCCCGCCGACGAGGACUACCUCCUGGCCAUCGAGCUGUGAGCGAGCCUUGCCCGCCGCCCCCGCGCCCCUCCGCGAAGAUUGAGGAGCUGCCCUGCGCGUCGGCCCUCCUGGGGCGCCGGGUGGGGGGGGGGGGGAAGGAGCUGGAGACCAGUUUCCCCCCCCCCUUUGCCCGGUCACCCAGCGAGGUUAUUGAAAAAGAUGACGAGUUUCUCAUGCACAUCAGACCCCCCCGAGAAGCUUCUUAAAAAAUAAAAUUAAAUUAAAGUACAAAAUUAAAAACAACAACUCAGAACGGCCCUUUCCCUCCCCCCAACCCCAACCCCCUCCCAGGCCCCAAAACCCUUGAGAAAGAGGCAGCGACUGAUGCGGGAGUUAAUCUGGCCACGUUCGCAAACAGUGCAGUGGGGUCUGCGGCCGUACCCCCGCCGCCCUGCCAGCCCCGGCGCUGCCGUCGCUCGCGGGAGAGGACUUGCAAAGACGGCUGCUUGGUUCUUACGGAUGAUGUGUGCAAAACCCUAAAGACAUUCAAGAAGUCCUGUCCGAUACUGCUGCUGGGCGGAGAGGCCCCGCCGUGGAUUUCGCAGGUCGCCUGGCCUCGCCGUGGGAAAUCCGGGCUCGGGGCCUCCGUGGUUUCCUUCCCACGGUCUAUAUUUCUCUCUCUCUCUCACUCUUUCUCUCUCUCUCUCUCACUCUCUUUUUUCUCUUUUUUUCUUUUUUUUUUCUUAUGGAAAAAAAUAUGAACCAUUUUUUGUUUCGCCGAUGCAGUAUUUCAACAUUUCAACGUCAGCAGAUCGUUUUUAACAAAG